CGCACCUAAAAUCUCCAAAUCCCUAAUUCCGUAGCAGGCUUCGUUCGCUCCCUCUUUCCCUUUCCCCCCAAAUAAUUUUGGCUAAAUCUUUAAUUUUUAUUCCAACGCCCCUUAAACUCACUCGAAAAUUUUUGUGAAAGCCAAAAUCCUUCUCGUAUGGCCUUUCACGUAGCUUGCCCAAUUACCUGGUACAGUAACAUCCUCGCUCAUUUCAUAUUUUCCCCUCCCCUUAUCUCCCUCUAUAAUGCUCUCCCUCUAAAUCUCCAUACACGCGUUUUGCUUACAUUAUUUCACGCUGUUGAGUGUGUUUGUCAUGUGCGCAGCCGGAAGAUCUGCUACUGCUCGCUCGGGUUUCCGAGGGGGUUGUGGAGCGACAAGCGGAAAGAUGAGUUCUUGCAGGAUGUGGCCCGGGUUGAGGAGUUUCUCAAGGACCCUUGGCUGCUUAGGGCUAGAGAGAGUGCCACAAUCCAGGUCAAGGUCCCCAGGCUCCCCGUCGCUCCCCCCUCUCAGCACCAUGUUGCAGGGGAUGCUUCCGCCGCUGGUGGGGAUGCGGAGGAGGCCGCUGCCGCCAUGCUGUCGGCGCAGACCAAGCGGGCCUCCUUGCAGAAGAAAGCUGCGGCUGCAUCCUCGAUGGCUGAGGAUUAUGCAAGGCGUUUUGAGUCUGGCAAUUUACUGGACUCUGCUAAAGAUACUGCUUCAGGAGAUUUGGUUCAAUCAAAUGCCAAAGUAAUGUGUAGACUUUGCUUUCGCGGUGAAUGGGAAAAGAAAACACUGUCAUGCAAAACAUGUGGCAAGAAGUAUCAUCAGAGCUGCUUGAAAGUUUGGGCUCAGCAUAGAGAUCUUUUUCACUGGAAUACAUGGACAUGCCCUUCAUGCCGGACUUGUGAGGCAUGUCGGCGAACUGGAGAUCCAAAUAAGUUCAUGUUUUGCAAAAGAUGUGAUGCAGCGUAUCAUUGCUACUGCAUGCACCCUCCACACAAGAAUGUUAGCAGUGGACCUUAUUUGUGCCCAAAGCACACAAAAUGUCACAGCUGUAGCUCUUCUGUUCCUGGGAAUGGCCUAAGUGUAAGAUGGUUUCUGGGGUACACUUGCUGUGAUGCUUGCGGAAGAUUGUUCGUGAAGGGAAACUAUUGCCCAGUAUGUUUAAAGGUCUAUAGAGAUUCUGAAUCAACACCUAUGGUCUGUUGUGAUAUUUGCCAGCGCUGGGUGCACUGCCAAUGUGAUGGCAUCAGUGAUGAGAAAUAUCUGCAGUUUCAAGUAGAUGGAAAUCUCCAGUACGCAUGUCCAACAUGCCGUGGGGAUUGUUACCAGGUCAGGAAUCUUGAGGAAGCUGUUCAGGAACUUUGGAGGAGGAAAGAUGAAGCUGACAAGGAAGUGAUUGCAAGUUUGAGGGCAGCUGCUGGCUUGCCGAUUCAGGAAGAAAUAUUUUCUAUAACACCUUUUUCCGAUGAUGACAGCCCUGUUGUAUCCAAGAAUGAAUUUGGCCGUUCUUUGAAAUUCUCUCUCAAAGGUCUAUCUGAAAAGUCUCCCGCAAAGAGCAAAGAAUAUGGGAAAAAAUCUUCAAAUAAGAAGUAUGGUAAGAAUAAAGGGCAUAAAAUAUCUUCAGCAGGUCAAUUAGAAGCACAUCUGGGCUUUGAAGGCCGUAGUAGUGAUGCUCCAUCUGUUGGAUGUAGUACUGGUGAUGUCAAUGAGGAAGAGAAGAAGACUUACAGAGGCGGAGAUCCCAAUUCAUGUCCUAUUGCUGAAAGCCUGACCGAGGGGUUAUGUCCUAUUAAUAAGGCAGGGGCUGUAAAACACGAACUUAUUGAUAUGGUCACUACAAAGAAUGGGAACAAGGCAUCUCUUGAGGUAAAGGGAAACAAGCAUCAUAAUGCGAGUGAUGAAGAUGUUGGUGCUCAUAGGAGCAUGUCUAAGACCUCCAAAGGACCAAAGCUUGUUAUACAUUUGGGUGCAUGGAAUAAAAAUCUAACUGGCUCUCCUAUGUCUGAUGUUUCAAGUUGUCAAAGAGAUCAAUAUUUGACUAAUUCAAAUGGUAGUGAUGAUAUGAGUCAAAAGAAAAUAAAUGACUUUACAGAAAGGAGUGAAAUUGCAGCUACAGGUGGAAAAGGACAUAGAGCAGAUCAUAUUAGCCAAACACAAGGUCAAAGAGUUGGGGGGAAAGACGGUCCCUUCAUAAAGAUAAAAAAACCUAGAACUGAAAUCGCAGACAGGACUACGACAAUCAAAAGUGGACAAAAGUCUAAAGACGGGUCAUCAGCUUUGACACUGAAUGCAUCUAUGGGAAAAAGAGGCGAUGAGGCUGGCAUUACUGCUGCCAGAACUAUGAACCAGCAGGUUCCCGCUAGUAGUCGGAGCAACAAAGCAUCACUUAUGAGACAAGCAGGAGCUGAAGCUGGCCUCCUUGAUGAUGUGCAUGCCAGUGAUAGAAAUAAGACACCUGUUGGUUAUUCGAUGCAGAAGGACCCUAAACGACUGUUAAAACUCAAAUUCAAGAACCCAUACCCUGAUGGUCAGAAUGCUUGGACAUCUACAGAGGAGGAAAAAGGCGUGAUCAAGGGCCAAAGAUCAAAACGGAAGAGACCGUCACCUUUUGGGGAGAAAUCGUCAGCCACUGCUGAUUCACGGCGGUAUGAAGAUAGUUCAUUGGAUGAGAUGAUGGAUGCUAAUUGGAUAUUGCAGAAGUUGGGAAAAGAUGCUGUUGGAAAAAGAGUAGAAGUUCAUUACCAAUCUGAUAAUACAUGGCAUAGAGGAAAAGUUACCGAAUUCUUUGAAGGGACGUCAGUUGUAGCUGUUACUCUUGAUGAUGGAGAUACCCAGAAUGUAGAACUAGGAAAACAAGGAAUUCGAUUUGUCCCACAAAAACAAAAGCGGUAAUUUUACAUUGGAUAUUCCAUGUACAUUAGAUGAUUUGUGGAUGUUGGGGUGGUUCAUUCGCACGAGGUGAUGAUGAGAUUCAAGACAACGCACCUAUUUCAGUUUGUUGGCACGUCAUUUCCUCUUGGUGCUCUUUGCUUUUGGAGCCACUUGAACCCUCCAAUCCUUGCAUAGCUUAACCAAUAAUCACAGCCAAAUCAGACAUUGCCAUCGUCAUUAUCAUGUCAUAGAUAAGAGAGCCAAUUGCAACUAUAUCUUUUGAAGUCAUUGAUCAUUUUUUUUACGUUUCUUUACAUUUAGUUUUUCCUGUGUAGUAAGGAUGAGAAUGCAUAUUUUGGCCACUUUUUUCUUCGGGUGUUCAAACUCUAGCUUAGACUGUAAAUUCAUGUAGCAAUGAGAGCCAUCGCGAUUCUCUGUUUAUGUAAUACCGCUAUGUGCUUUGCAGGUAUUAUGUAGUUUCAUUUCAUAAGCCUUGGUGGACAUUAAUUUCAAUGCUAUAAAAAUUUACUUCAAGUUUUGAAAA